CUCGUCCUCCUCCAACAUAACUUGUCUUUGUCCCAUAGAGGUCUGUCCCGUCUGAAGAACUGCAGGCUAGCUUUCCACUGAAACUGCACUUCUGCUUGAUUGGGAAACGUUGGCUAAACUCACCCUGGAUGUUUGUAAUGGCUCUCAUGCGACUACGGCCCAUGCCUUUGACCCUUUUGUCCCCAGGAGGAAGAUUUUCUGUUUGUGUGAAUAAUAGUGAUGUGAUGUACAGGGUCUCUGUGUUACAGUCUGCCUGGCCUCUAGCUUCUUAUAAGACAGUUAUAGCGUAUAAUAUUCCUCCAAAACAUCACCCAUUGACCAUCUCAACAUGGCGACUGGCAGUCAAGACAUUAGUGCUCCCCACUGCUGUCAACUCUCCUUUCUUUCAUGCUUUUCCAACACACCGGCAUUUCUCAAACGAAAGCCAGAAUGGCAGGCCUACUUUUAGCCACAAAAAAGCAUCAUCUGUCCUGGAGGGUGAGACGCUAGCCAUGGGCAUGUGGUCACUUGGCCUUGGGGCAGUGGGUGCUGCUAUUGCUGGAUUAAUACUUGCAAACACUGACUUCUUGCUGACUAAAUCUGCACCCGCUACUGUAGACUAUCUGGCGAACGCUGACCUCAAAACCAUCGACAGUGAUGAGAGGUCUUUAAAAGCAAAAGCUCUUUGGGAGAAAUCAGGUGCAGUGAUCAUGGCUGUCCGGCGACCUGGAUGAUUUUUGUGCAGAGAGGAGGCCUCUGAGCUGUCCUCUCUGAAGCCCCAGCUGGAUGAGCUCGGGGUCCCUCUGUAUGCCGUUGUGAAGGAGAAUGUGGGUACAGAGAUUCAGGACUUCAGGCCUCACUUUGCUGGGGAGAUCUUCCUAGAUGAAAAGCAAGCAUUUUAUGGACCACAGCAGCGGAAGAUGGGGGGACUUGGUUUCAUUCGUUUGGGAGUUUGGCAAAACUUUGUAAGGGCCUGGAGGGCGGGUUACCAGGGCAACAUGAAUGGAGAAGGCUUCAUCUUGGGAGGAGUGUUUGUCAUGGGAUCUGGCGAACAGGGGGUUCUUCUAGAGCACAGAGAGAAGGAGUUUGGAGAUAAAGUCAGCUUGGAGUCUGUUUUGGAAGCUGCGAAGAAAGUUGUGGUAGAAAAGUAAAUGCUGUCUAAGUUUGUUAGUUGCAGCCAAGCUUGUUCAAAAUAGUUUGAAAUAGGAAAGUUCUCCCUGGGUUUAAAGUCACAGUCCACCUCAUCACACUUCAUUUCUCCUGCUAAUGCUGUGAAUUGAGAGAAAAGCUCAGGUUUAUUUAAUUGUUUGGUACUGACAGAGCUAGUUGACAAAGCCAUGGAGUUGCAUGUGGCCUCAUUUUUAAUUUAGGUGCUUUAGUUCGACAAAUUAAGAGAAAUAUUGUGAAAUUAAGUAAUAUUGUUUUUGCACUUUAGAAACGGUGUGUAAGAAAUCAUUGUAUCGUUGUUUUUCACCUCAGUGUGUUCCUUUGGCUGCCUGCUGCCACAUCGGUGGUGUUUACUGGUGUGUGUAUUAAUGAUAGUCUGACUCCAAACUCAGUGUAGAAAGAGCAGAUUUGAUGUCAACACAUGCUUGUAUACCUGCUGGCUUUGGUCAGUGAGCAGGCAAAGGUUCAGCUGUGGGUGGACACAAUAUACAAUAAACAUGUCAUCCUUAAAA